AUAGAAUGCGGGUCUGCUACUUUAUCCGAUACUCAUGCAAUGUAUUAAAAAAAAAACAAUAAAUUUGGUGGAGUAGUGCUACAAAAUUGUACUUGAUGGAGUGGAGUUUCUGACUUUCUGCAAUUUCCAUGACUUAGAGACAGCCAGUCAGCACUCAGGUUUAACACAGCAAGGGGAAAUGGUGUUUGGGUUUUCUUGUUCUCUUGGGAGGGAACGCUGGAGCUGCACAAGAAUCCAGUCUUUUUGAGACGGGACUCUUCUUUUGUGCUUCUGCUAGCUGUAAGUCUCUGUUUAUUGUUCUUGAUUUCUUUGUUUCGCGUUGUUUGAUCCUGUUUGCGUUUCAAUCCCUGAAUCUGUUUGUAUUAAUGUCUGCAAGAGCGAGCUUGUUGUUUGAUGCGAAUCGUUGUGGUUUAUAAUUUAUGCAUGGAAUGAUUAAAGGGGGUUCUGGGAGAGGGGAUUGAUUGAUUGAUUGUGUAUUGGAGGGAGUGGAAUCGAUCUAGGUUGUUGGUAGGGUUAGAAGUUUAUGGGAUCUGAGGGGGGUUGUGGUGGAACCCUAAUGCAAGACCCGAAAUCAAAUGGAUUGGAAAGGGAAGGGUCUCUGUAUAGUCUCACUCUUGAUGAGGUUCAUCAGCAAUUUGGGGGUUUAGGGAAACCCUUGAGCAGUAUGAAUCUGGAUGAGCUUCUGAAGACUGUGUGCACAGCCGAGGCGAGCCAAGGGGUGCAGCGGGUUGAUUACAGUGGCACCCCACUGCCUUCGGGGGCCUCGCUUCAUCACCAGUCCAGCCUCGAGCUGUCUGGUGAUCUGAGCAAGAAGACAGUUGAUGAGGUGUGGCAGGAUAUCCAGCAGGGGCAGAAGAGUAGCAAUCUCGAGAGGAAAGCUACCCUGGGCGAGAUGACGUUGGAGGAUUUCUUGGUGCAGGCCAGGAUAGUGGCCGAGUCAUCCCAGGGAAAGAAUGAUUUGGGUUCGGUUCAAGGGGACGAUUCAACGGUGAAUGUUGCCCAGCAAGCUCACGGUGCACUGUUUCAUGUGCCGCCAAUUCAGCAGCCACGACCACCACAGAGUCACCAGCAACAGGUGAGUGCCAUGCCUGGUUUCAUGGCAGCUCAUCCAGUUCAACAGGCUAUCCCGGUUGGUCCCAACCCAAUCAUGGACGCAACUUAUCCAGGAACACAGAUGACCGCAGCUCUGGAUCCUCUGAUGGGAACGCUAUCAGACACACAAACGCUUGGAAGAAAGAGAGUUGCCCCAGACAAUGUCGUGAUUGAGAAAAGUGUCGAAAGGAGGCAGAAAAGGAUGAUAAAAAAUAGGGAAUCAGCAGCCAGGUCACGAGCAAGGAAGCAGGCCUACACCAAUGAACUGGAGAAUAAGAUUUCCCGUUUAGAAGAAGAGAAUGCAAGGCUUAGGAGAGAGAAGAGAAGGCGAUGCCCACCGUCCCACCUCCCGAACCAAAGUAUCAGCUGCGCAGAACAAGCUCAGCCCCCUUCUGACAUCUCACCCGCGAAGAAAAUGAUGCAUACAGUCUGUUAUGUCUCUAAAACUUGUCGAUCCAUAGUCUGUUAUGUCUCCAAAACUUGUUGUAGAGAGUGGUGUUUCUUGCUGCACCUUUGUAAACUGGCUGGACAAACCUUGUUUAGGAGAACCAGUGCCCCCCCUCCAACCCUCGAGUUUCUUUCUUGUAUGUACAAUUUUAUAGUUUAAAAACUUGAAAUUAUGCUCACAUAGCUUUGGCAGUUCUGUGUUCUUCUUAAUGCAUAAGAAAACAUUUUGAUGUAAUCAUAUGAUUCUCUUCCUUUUGGAAUGAUGCUACAAUAUGUUAACACAUGAUAAAUGUAUGGAACAUAUUCCAAGCCCCA